GGCGGCCGCUGAGGGAGGGGUCCCGCCCGGUUCGGUCCGGUUGGGGCCGGUUCGAUCCGGAUCGAUCCGGUUCGGGUCCGGAGGCCGCCGCGGCCAUGCAGAAGAUCAAGUCCCUCAUGACCCGACAGGGGCUCCUGAGUCCUCAGGAGAGCAUCAGUGACCUGAGCCCCAUCGAGAACCUGCGACUCCCCAACAAGGAAGAACUGCGGGAGCCCCCGAGCGACCCCCAGGCGGACCAGGAACUGAUCGACAGCAUCGAGCAAGUCUAUUUCUCCACGGAUUCAUACGACAUCGUCCAGUACGAGCUGGAGAAGCUGCCUCCCGUCUUCAGCCUGCAGGACCUGGAGCUCUACAGAGACAAGUUAAAGCAGCAGCAAGCCGCCGUAUCUAAAAAAGUUGCUGACUUGAUUCUUGAGAAGCAGCCUUCAUAUGUUAAGGAGCUGGAGCGUGUGACGUCGCUGCAGGCGGGUCUCCAGCUGGCCGCCGUCAUCUGUACGAACGGAAGGAGGUGCCUGAAUAUCGCGAAGGAAGGCUUCACCCAAGCCAGCUUGGGCCUCCUGGCGAAUCAGCGGAAACGGCAGUUGCUGAUCGGGCUGCUCAAGUCCCUGCGCACCAUCAAGACGCUGCAACGGACCGACGUGCGUUUAAGUGAGAUGAUGGAGGAAGAGGACUUCCCCGGAGCCAUCCAGCUGUGCUUGGAGUGCCAGAAGGCAGCCAGCACGUUCAAGCACUACAACUGCAUAAGUGAGCUCAACUCCAAGCUACAGGAUACACUGGAACAGAUCGAGGAGCAACUGGACGUGGCCCUUUCCAAGAUCUGCAAGAACUUCGACGUGGGUCACUACACCAAGGUGCAGCAAGCCUACCGGCUCCUUGGGAAAACCCAGACCUCCAUGGACCAGCUGCACAUGCACUUCACUCAGGCCGUCCACAACACCGUGUUCCAGGUGGUCCUCGGCUACGUGGAGCUGUGCGCGGGAAACUCGGACACCAGGUUCCAGAAGCUGCAGUACAAGGAUCUGUGCACGCACGUCACGCCCGACAGCUACAUUCCCUGCCUCACUGACCUCUGCAAAGCACUCUGGGAAGUGAUGCUCAGCUAUUACAGGACCAUGGAGUGGCACGAAAACCAACGCCGCCACGAGGAGGAGGAGGAGGAGGAGGAGGAGGAGGCCGGCGCAGCCAGCGGUUCAGAAGGUAGUCACGUGGCAGGAGGCGAAGAGACCAGCUUUGACCGCGGCUACGUGAAGAAGAAACUGGAACACGGCCUCACGCGUAUCUGGCAGGACGUGCAGCUGAAAGUGAAGACCUACCUGCUCGGGACGGACAUGUCCAUGUUCAAGUACGACGACUUCAUCUUCGUGCUGGACAUCGUCAGCAGGCUGAUGCAAGUUGGGGAGGACUUCUGCGGAAGCAAGUCGGAGGUUUUGCAGGAAUCCAUCCGGAAGCAGAGCAUCAACUACUUCAAGAAUUACCACAGAACCCGACUGGACGAGUUGAGGAUGUUCCUGGUGAACGAGGCCUGGGAGCUGUGCCCUGUCAAGUCCAGCUUCAGCAUCUUGCAGCUCCACGAAUUUAAGUUCCUGGAGCAGCCCCGGUCCCCGUCGGUCUCCCCGAGUCGGCAGCCGGCCGCUCCGCUCCGCACGCCAGGGACCUUGUUCGGGGCCGGAGGGAACCCGUUUGAAAUCCAGGCCAACAACAAGGACGAAGAGACAGAAGAUGUUUUGGCUUCCAAUGGGUAUGAGUCAGACGAGCAGGAGAAAAGUGCCUACCAGGAGUACGACAGCGACAGCGACGUCCCUGAGGAGCUGAAGCGGGACUACGUGGACGAGCAGACGGGAGACCCCCCGGUAAAGAGCGUUUCGCGGGAAACCUUGAGGAGCAGGAAGCGAUCGGACUAUAGCCUCAGCAAAACCAACGCGCCCAUUCUGACAAACACCACACUGAACGUCAUCAGACUCGUGGGAAAGUACAUGCAGAUGAUGAACAUCCUGAAGCCAAUCGCGUUCGACGUGAUCCACUUCAUGUCCCAGCUCUUCGAUUACUACUUGUAUGCGGUCUAUACCUUCUUUGGCCGACACGAUUCGUUGGAGUCGACAGGCCUGGGCCUGAGCAGUAGCCGCUUGAGGACCACUCUGAGCAGGAUCCAGGAGAGCCUGAUCGACCUGGAGGUGACGGCAGACCCCGUGGGCCCCGGCGCUGUGGCGGAAGAGAGAAAGGAGAAGGUCCCCAGCCCCCACCUGAGCCACUUGGUGGUCCUGUCAUCCGGGAGCUCGCUGUACGGCUUGGCAGAGAGGGUGGUCGCCACCGAGUCCCUGGUGUUUCUGGCCGAGCAGCUCGAGUUCCUUCAGCCCCACCUGGAUGCAGUCAUGCCGGCAGCCAAGAAACCCUUUCUCCAGCAGUUCUACUCCCAGACCGUGUCCAUGGCCAGCGAACUGCGCAAACCCAUUUACUGGAUCGUAGCCGGGAAGGCCAUUGACUAUGAACAGAUGCUGCUGCUCAUGGCCAACGUGAAGUGGGACGUCAGAGAAAUCAUGUCGCAGCACAACAUCUACGUGGAUGCCUUAUUGAAGGAGUUCGAGCAGUUCAACAGGAGGCUGAACGAGGUGUCCAAAAGGGUCCGGAUCCCUCUGCCGGUGUUGAAUAUCCUGUGGGAGCACUGCAUCCGGCUGGCCAACCGAACGAUCGUGGAGGGUUACGCGAACGUGAAGAAAUGCAGCAACGAGGGGAGGGCCCUGAUGCAGCUGGACUUCCAGCAGUUCUUAACGAAGCUGGAGAAGCUGACCGACAUCCGGCCCAUCCCGGACAAGGAGUUCGUGGAGACCUACAUCAAGGCGUACUACCUGACCGAAAACGACAUGGAGCGCUGGAUCAAGGAGCACCGGGAGUACUCCACCAAGCAGCUGACCAACCUGGUGAACGUCUGCCUGGGCUCCCACAUCAACAAGAAAGCCAGACAGAAACUCCUCGCGGCCAUCGACGACAUAGACAGACCGAAAAGAUAAUCCCCACCCCGGGCCUCGACCCCAUAGUCCCGCCCUCCGCCCGCACCGGGGAGACGCGUUGCCUGGCCACCCUCUUCUGUGGGACCACUGCAGAUGCUGGGCAGAGCGGGGCCGCACAGGUCGAGAUCCUCUGUCGCCUUCUCCUCCCUCCAGUCCCCUUGUCCUGUCCCAUCCUGGUGCGGUAUUCCCGUUUUGUUGUUCUGUUGUUUUGUGGUUCAAAGUUGUAUAUUUUGGGCAAGAGUAUAUACUGUAAGUACAAAAUUAAGAGGCAACCAGAUCGGUUAUUAUGUAAUUGAGCAGCUCUGGGGAGAAAGCUGGGGUGGAGAGGUUGGCUGAGCUUUCCUCUCCCCACUCCCUUCAUCCCCCUUGCCAGGAGCCGGCCCUCCGGAGCAGGCGGGACCCAAGAGGGUGGAUGGAGAUCCCGGGGUUUCCGAGUGGGCGCGCCGCGCGGGGUCCAGACCACACGUCGGCGGAGACUGGCGAGACCCAAACCUUGUCCUGGGUUGUAUUUUCGAAUGCUAAAUUUUAUUUCCGGAUUCGUCGCAUCAUGUCAAAGUGAGAACUGACUAAUUAUGAGGCGGGAAUAAAUGCGGUCCACUGAA